AUGGCGAUGGCGGGGUCCGGCAGGAGCGAGCGAGGAGGGGCCAUCCAUCAUCGGCAGAGCGGACGUCAGGGCCCCGUCUCCACCUCUCGAUUGCAUCAUUCAUCGCAAUGCUGCUGAUGUGCUGCAGAUGCUUAGUUGGGUUGUAGCCUCCCUUCUACUCCUCCUCCUCGCCCACAAUAUCGCCACUAAUCUCCCAGAGCCACAACUGCAAUCUUCCACUCAAUCCUUCCGUCGAUUGCGUCUUCGGAUUCGGGCCCCAUCUCUUCUUCCCAGCAUCGCCGUCGUCAUCUCUUCUCAUCCACGCGUCCUCUCGUGCCACUAUUGCUGCUGCUGCUGCUGCUGCUUAUUAUUCUGCUUCUUCUCUUGUGUUUUCUUCUGUUAGUGCGUCUACUUCUUAUUACUCUCGGUUUUCUCGUCCGUUUGGACGUUUUGUUGGGUUUAUUGGAAUGGGACAGGGGUGCAAGGGGUGGGCCAGGAGGUGGGCUGUUGAGAGAGGGUGCUGGUGCUUUACGCUGGUGUAGCGUAAUUUGGGUGUGUGUGGUGUCUAUUUAUGUGGGUUGGUGCGGGCAGGAUUAUUUAGGGGAUUUUUGGAUUUUGAUAUCUUGCGGUGGGUGGGAGUUGGGGAGGACGCUGCUGAAAGUGGUGGAGUUGGACGAGCGGAGUGGAGAGCUAUGGCGGCAGCAGCUGGUUCCGCUGGCGUGGUAUGUUGGUCUAGGGCAGAGAAGCAGCAUGCCCCGGUCAGGGGGGGUGGAACUAGUGUUACCAGUAGUACCAGUGGCAGCGGCCAUGCGUCGUUGAAAGGGAGCUUCGAUCGGCUCCAAGGUAACCGCCUUCUGCCGCAAGCCUUGACUAUGCCGUCGCUGUUUCGGGCGAAACGCAAUGGCAGAAGGACGCCGGGGAAUGCCGUGACCAAUUUCGGGAAAUCUGAAUUCCAUCGUGAAAUUAGUGGGAGUACGCGGGCGACCACGCAGGUGGCUGAAGCCACCACAGCUGGUCUUAGGGAGACCAUUGAGGACCGCGCUAUUAUCGACGGUCAUUCUCACAGUUUUGAAGGAAUUCAAUCGGAAGAAGAGUUGAUGCAGGUAAUUGAAAAGGAGGUGGAAUCCGGUCGGCUGCCGAAGCGUGCUGGCGCGGGAAUGGUAGAGUUGUAUCGCAAUUAUCGAGAUGCUGUAGUGAGCAGUGGCGUAGAAAAUGCGAUGGAUAUUGUUGUGAAAGUCAUGUCAACUGUGUUGGACCGGAUUCUUCUGCAGUUCGAGGAGCCAUUCACAUUUGGAUCGCACCACAAGAGAAUGGUGGAGCCGUAUGAUUACUACACAUUUGGUCAGAACUAUGUGCGUCCUCUCCUAGAUUUCAGGAACUCUUACCUUGGGAACUUAAAGAUCUUUGACCAGAUAGAGAAGAACCUGAAAGAGGGGCACAACGUCAUUUUUCUAUCCAAUCACCAGACUGAGGCAGAUCCUGCUGUUAUGGCGCUGUUGCUUGAGCACUCUCACCCCUAUUUGGCAGAGAACUUGACCUAUGUGGCUGGAGACAGGGUUGUGCUGGAUCCAUUCUGCAAACCUUUUAGUAUGGGCAGGAAUCUCUUGUGCGUGUAUUCAAAAAAGCACAUUCACGAUGUACCGGACCUUGCUGAAAUGAAAAUCAAAGCUAAUGCGAAGACUUUGAGACAGAUGACGAUCCUGCUGAGGCAGGGAGGUCAAUUAUUAUGGGUAGCACCCAGUGGUGGACGCGAUCGCCCUGAUCCUGAGACCAACGAAUGGGUUCCUGCACAUUUUGACUCGUCUGCUGUGGAGAAUAUGAAGCGACUAUCUGACAUUGUCCGAGUACCUGCUCAUUUACAUGCCCUAUCAUUACUAUGUUUUGAGAUUAUGCCACCUCCUGUCCAGGUACAAAAGGAGCUAGGAGAGCGAAGAGCAGUAGGAUUUAGCGGAGUUGGUCUAGCCGUUUCCGAGCAACUAGAUUAUGAUUCCAUUGCGAAGUUAGUCGACGAUUCCAAAAAUGCGAAGGAUGCCUUUUCGGAUGCGGCAUGGAGCGAAGUCAAUGAUAUGUAUAACGUGUUAAAAGAAGCAAUUUAUGGUGACCAAGGUUGUGCUGUUAGCACAGAUUCCUUGAGACUGGAACAGCCCUGGUUUGAUGGAAGCAGGCGAACUGAUUGAAAAUAGGUCAUUUGAAGUUUUAUGUAAAAGUAUGAAGCAUCCUUAUUGCUUUUUACGCUGUCUAAGCUCCAAGGAUGUAAGAAUUCAGCAGCGUGUAUAAUGGCUACAUUGUCAUGUGAUAUUCUUUCUGAUUCGUGCGACACGAUGGCCAUGCCUGCUCAAUCCUUGUCACCAGGCGUCUCAGUAGGAAACGGUGGUACUGAUUGCUGUCUGUCCGACUUGAUUUAGUAGCUCGGAUUCUGCGUACUGGAUAACUUGGUCUGGUAAUAGGGACCGAUCCUAUCGGUGAGGAGUUUGUGAUAUAGAUCAAUACUGCACUUUGUUACAAUCGGAAUAGAUGCAUUCAUUAUUCAUCCAAGCCAACACAUCCUGAGUUGGAGCAUAAGUUGAAGCACUCCUCAACUUCAUUGAAAGGAGAUUUCUCACUACGAAA